AUGGGGGAUUUCAAGUUUAGUGUCAAUUCAAGCGUUGGAUCUGUUUCGUCUGUGGAGUUUCCUGCAAGUUCUACCAGUAGCACAUCGUUGUUUUUUACCACGCCUACAUCUGUGCCGGAUACCAUCUCAUCACAUCAACACUCAGCAAUGCAAGAUGAACUUCUGAUCGAAAAAUCUGCUGUCAAGUCACAACAGCAGUUGUCUCCAAAUUCUGACGUUAAUGGAGAACAGGCCGUGAAAACCAAAGAAGAUGACAACUCCUCUGGAAGUAUUGGUAAUGUAGUUCAGACUGACAACAAGCCCAGUGAAGGCCAGAUCGGCCCGGUAGUGACAACUCCACUCCAAUUAGGAACUGGAUUCAAUGUGUCAGAGCCUAGUCUUAAUGUGAUUAAUUCUAGUAACACUUCUACAGCUAGCCUGUGGUCCUCAGGACCCAUGGAAGAUGGUCUUUUACACGGUUUAAAUGUACCUGCUGUUAAUGGAACUUUAGCUUUUCAAAAUUUCCCUCCUACUAAUCCAAAUCCUCUGUACAAUACUAGUUUAGGCCCUCAAAUCGCUGGAUUACCCCAGUCCCAAGGACAGCCUCCUCAACGAAGGGCUAUCACUGCUACUCACAAUUUUCCUCACAACUUAUCUCGUCAUAUUCAACAACAAAAUCAUCCUCAAAAUAUGUUCAUGGCGAACAAGAGCUAUACAUCAUGGUCUAGUCCGCAGCAAAAUACUUGGUCACCUGGCCCUCAAAAUCAAGCAAAUAUGCAAGGUUUGUCACCAUGGAGUAGAGGAAGGUCUGUACCUAAUUUAAACCCUCUUCAAACGAUGGGUAAUAUGGGAAAUCUUGGCAAUAGAAAACCAAGUCCAACUUUCAAUCAUCAACACUCAGGGAUGGUCAUUUCACCAAUCAAGUUUCGUCGAAGUACAUCUUACCCAGGAAAAGGACUGUUUCCUCAGCCACCAACAUUUGAAAUUACCAACAUGGACGAGAACAGAGAAGUUUUGCUUCCAUACCCGGUAAGUGUGAUUUACAGGUGA